AGUAUGGACUGUCCGGGGAAGGACGGCACCGGGGGAAGGAAGAGGAAUUUGACCCUGCUAAGGAACAAGCUAUACAUGGGGCAGAGGAGGAAGACGGAGCCCGUGGUAGAGAGCACCACCACCACCGGGGACCCCGGCAGCUUGAGGAGGAGUCAGUCCGACAGGACAGAGUACAGCCAGAAAUUGCAAGAAAAAAUGGCUCCACAGGCAGUGUCCUCAACCCCUGCCACCCCACUGCAGGAGGACGAAGAGGAAGAAGAAGAAGAAGUCAGCAGACGCAUGAUGGCCAGGAGGGUGAAAAUCAUCGCAGAACUCUUGCAGACAGAGAAAGACUAUAUCAGCGACCUGGAUCUCUGCAUCAAGGAAGUGAUUCAGCCCCUGAGAAACAUGCAGAUUGCUCGCUUUGACGUGGAUGGCUUGUUUAGCAACAUUGAAUUGGUCCAUCAACUAUCAGCCAAACUGCUGUCAUUGCUGGAAGAAGCCACAACAGAUGUGGAACCACCCAUGCAAAUAAUCGGGGAAGUGUUCUUGCAGAUUAAAGGCCCACUAGAAGACACAUAUAAAAUCUAUUGCUAUCACCAUGAUGAUGCACACACCAUGCUGGAAUACUAUGAAAAGGAUGAAGAACUGAAGCAGCAUUUAAGAGACUGUGUACAGUCCUUAAAAAAGAGAUAUAAAGAAGAAGGAAAGCCAAAUCUAAUGGACCUGGGAUCCCUAUUGAUCAAACCAGUGCAACGGUUGAUGAAAUAUCCCUUGUUACUCCGUGAGCUCUUGAACUCAACUCCUACUUCUCACCCUGACCAUGAAGUACUACAAGAUGCCCUUUUUGCUAUGAAAAACAUUAAUAUGAACAUCAAUGAACUUAAAAGGAGGAAAGAUUUAGUGCUGAAGUAUAGGAAGAAUGAUGAUGAUGAAACCCUUAAGGAAAAGUUUUCCCGACUGAAUAUUCACUCCAUUAGCAAGAAAUCAAAGAGGGUCACCAGCCAUCUGAAAAUACUGACAAGAGGAGAACCUCAGGCGAAAGAUGGAACAUUUAAUAAGGAAGAAAAGUUGUUUCAAAGUCUAGAGAAGACUGUGAAAUUGUGUGUGAAGAGCAUUUCACUCUGUUCACAACAUCUCCAGGAUUCUAUACAUCUGGCUGCCCAGAAUAUAAUUGUGCUUCAGGAAAUCCUGCAAGAUAAAGAUGAAGAAGUCAAUGACUGUUCAGAAAAACAGACCAACACUGCAAAUCUGUGUGAAGACUUUAUGGCUCAGCUGGACAAGCUUGUCUUGACUCCUCUCUCAGCACUGCAAGCCCUGUUUCCAGGCCCUCAGAAGCUCAUCCAGAAGCGCUAUGACAAGUUUUUGGACUACAACAGCUACCUUCAGAGGUCAGCUGGAGAAGAGAUGGACCUGGCAAAAAAAGACUAUGAGGCUCUAAAUGCACAACUAGUGGAAGAACUUCAGGUAUUCAACACAGCAGCCAAAGAGAUUGUGUUGAACUGUCUACAUUGCUUCAUUACCCUCCUCAAGAAUAUUAUGUUUGAAGCGCUUCAAUCAAACUCUGCUGUUGUAGUGCCUGUUCCACUGUCCUCCUCAAGCAUCUGUGAAGUGCAGAAUCAAUUGAUAGAGGAGGUUCACAAGCUGAAUUUUGUAAAAGAAAACAGCAGUGCAAUCUUUAUUGAGAGAAAAUUGAGCCUGGAAAAAAAGAAACCUGUUCUUUCUCUGCUGGAGUCCCCACGCCAAACAGAGGAGCACAGGUCCAAGCUGCUGUCCAUGUACAGCCCCAAGUCGCUGUACCAGGCUAAGCGCAAGUGCAACGCUGCGCAGGAAUUCGAUAUUGACUUGCAUGAAGGAGAACUGGUGGCUGUUGUGGAGCAAAAUGAUCCCUUUGGAAGCACGAGCAGAUGGCUUGUUGACACAGGAAUCCUCACAGGGUAUGUGUAUUCCUCCUUCCUGAAGCCUUACAAUCCAGCCAAAGCACAGAAGGAUGUUGCAGAAAAUGGCUUUGGUGACGAUGAUUUUGAUGAUAUCAGCCUCUUUGUCUCUUCACGGCCCCGUACUGACAGCAGCACAAUUAGUCCAGGGUACAAGAAGAGUGACAGCACCUCACCUUUUCACUUCUGUGAAAAUCCUGCAAUUAAUGGCAUGGGGACUGGUGCUCUUCAGGGUAUGGAUGAUCAGCAGAUCUUCUAUGCUGUUUAUGCAUUUCAAGCUAGAAGUGAUCAAGAACUCAGCCUUGAGGAGUACCAGAGGGUGAAGAUACUUCAGUUUUCCGACCUUAGUGGCAAUAAGGAAUGGUGGCUAGCUGAAGCAAAAGGUCAGAAAGGAUAUGUACCAUCUAAUUAUCUAGGGAAGAUGACAUAUGCUUAGGAGGGGAAGCGCCUGUUGAGCCAGACUCUCUGAAGCAGACAGAAUAAUCAGCUGUUAGGUUUGCUGCAAGCAAAGCAAGUUCACAAGUGAUUGACAGAAGCCAUGGUAUCCAGCACACAGAUGAUACUGAGAACCUCCAUUCUCCAAAAGCCAUCACCUUGUCAAGAUCUGAAGGAGGAAGCAUUUAACAGGAAGACUGAUUCUGAUUAACAUGCUGAAGAGCUUGCUUUUCUAUUACCCCAUAAUUUUCUCUUUUGUCAAAGCGCCGUACAUCAAGACUCAACCUGCAAGUACAAAUCACAGAUGAAAUUACAUUUUUCUUCCAUGAUAUUUAGCAAAUAAUAUUCAAGAUGAAGAGAAUUAGCCUUGAAAAAGGACAAAUUCUGUCAUCAGAGAUACUGUAGGCUGAGUUGUUCCUGAACUGUUAUCUCAGUGAACACAGACACAUCUUAAAACUUGAGCUUUUUUGAUUGUCUGUUUUUAUCCUCAGCUGCUUUUGUGAAGAACCUUUUUUUCCUCAGUGGAGAUUAGUGGAUGGGGAAAGGAAAAGGGUUUCAUUUUUAAAGAAAUAUUUCAACAUUUCACUGGUGUGGUGGUACCAGUGACUAGUCCCAGGGAAGGAGGUAUGUUUAGUUAAAUAUGGAAAUGCAGGAAAGAAAAAAGGGGACACUAGAAAUAGGUACUGUGACAUAAAGUAGUUUUAAUUUUCAAAUGAAUUACACAACUGCUUCAUAUGGUAGAAACAGUUUGUAGCAAUAUCAAAGUGCCCCAGGUUUGAAAUUCACAUAUGUCUCCACACUAACUGCUUUAGUGCAAGAUCUGUGUAGUGAAAUGAAAAUUGUGUUAUUAGUCUUGGGAAAUUUACUGUUUGUUUUUUUUUGGUUUUUUUUGUUUUUUUUUAAAGAAGAAAAUACAAGUGGUGCCUUGCAAUGACUAUUUAGUGCCUCUCUGAUUCCUUAAGAUGCCUUAAGCCAGGAUCAUAAUAUCUAGUCAAUAAGUUUCUUUAGGUUCACUGACUGCAGUGAUUCCUAUGAUUCCUAGGUCAGGCUGGUGCCCUGCACUUAAGAUAGACUUGAUGGUGACAGCAAACAGAAAACACCUCCUUGUGAUUCUCACUGAUAUCUGAGUGCUCAACACAAGGUAUUUCACCACAGCAAUGCCAAGGUCCUCUAGUGAUUAACGAAGACCUAGUGCAAAGCACUGCAAAAAGAAAAAAAAAAGUGAUUAUGUAUGUUGCAAAUUGUGCAACUGAAAGUAAACUCCCAUCAGGUAUUUUCUGUAUUGCAUAAUUGCUUGUACUGAUGACAAAAAUGACAACACUAUUACAAUCAAGGGCAGGAGGGGCAGGUAGUGUUGCUGAUCAAGGGUAAAUAUAAAUUGUUCUAAAGCUUUUAUCUGAAUUUCUACUUCCCAUAGUUUGAAAAGUGAGGUGUGAAGAUGAAAUGACUCAAAAUGCUUACAGAGAUGUAAUAGAAAAUAACCUGUCAGGAAACAAAGGAUGAGAAAAGUUAGGGCAGUUGCUACACACAAUAGCUUCUGCUAUACUGCUGAACCUGGUUUCACUUUCUUUAAUGUCUUCAAUUUUCAGAUUAUUUUCAUAGAAGGGUAGAAAAAGUUGUCAGUCUUACUCAGAGACUGAAUGCAGCCGAGGUUCACAGAGAUUAAACCUGAAAUUUGUGCUGGAUUAAAUCAUAGGAUAGAGAAACUUUUAGAGCUCUCAGAAAUAGAUAUCCAGAAUGUGGUGUGGGAAUCUCUGUGUACUACUGCUAUCCAGUGAGCAUUAUUUUGCCUUAUUGUAUAUCACCUCAGGCGCUUAAGUCUUGCUAUUCCCAUAGCAAGCAAAAAGGAUUCUCAAUCAUUUAAUGAAUGAAUUUAGCUGCUUUUAUGGAAAGCUUCACCUUUAGUUAAAUGGAGAAAAUAAAAGUGCAGAGGGAGUAUCAGCUUGCAAGAAUGGACUGAAAGACUUACUGGUACCCUUUUACUGCUUUGGCUUUUAUAUUUUGAGAUUAUGGGCAAGAUACACGUAAGACAGUUUUCAGCACUGUCUUACAAUUUAGAAUAUUUUAUUUGGAGAAGAUCUAUACUUUCCAAUAGAUGAAACAGUUUUAGAGAUGACUGAAUUGUACUUAAUAGACUUAAUGCAGUCAUGUAAGCACAAUGAUGAAGUUUUGUAUUUCAGACAGCAAAAUUAAUCAAGGGAAAGAAGAAAAAAAGAUUUCUGAAGUCUUAGCACUGAGAACUCAGCUUGAGUCACAGGAGAGCUCAGAUUUUGAGUGUUAGGUACAUUCCCGAUGAAGAAUCAGACUCUGUGAAGGUGUCUUAAGGAGUACUCAAAUGCUACUUUCCAAAAUAUUUGCCAGGUAUCCUGAUUCUGAAGUAACAAGGAAUGAAGGAUGAAUGUACUGGAGUUGGCCACCUGAAUUUCUGAGGGAUAUGGAAACUCCUAGUAGGCCAAAUGAAAUCCCUGUAGGAUUAGGAUCCAUAAUAAUUUUUAUAUUGUGGGAUAAUUAUAUGAAUUUAUUGUAACCUUGUAACUUGGGAUACAGUAAAAGUAUAUAUGUAAUUAGGUACCCAGGUGGAUUGGCUUAGUCCAUUUCAGAAACUCAAAUUGUUUGAUACUCAAAUCAUUUGAUACUAUUAAUAUAUCGCACUUCUAUUUUUGUUUAAAACAGAUUAAUGCAAACAACAAUUGCAGAAAAUUAAGAGAUGCUCCUUGAAUCUAAAGCCUUCCAAAUUAAGGAUUUACAUCAAUUCAUAUUAGACUUGCUUAGUCACAGUUUUGUUAAGACAGUGCAUUAGAAACUGAGCUGUGUUAGGGCUCCACAAAAUUGUAAGAAUAUGCAAUGGUUUUGAUCUGGAUUUUUUUUUUUUUUUAAUAUAGGGAAGGUUACAGUAUUCUAAGAGCUUUCUUAUUCUCAUUGAUGACAAAACUAAUUAAUUUUGAUUGAAGCAGGGACAGGCUGCAGAUUGCUGGAUUGAUCUUGCAUUUGUUCAAAUGUGUGUUUUAUUUAAGCUGUUGUGACAAUAAAUAUGUACAAGUACUUCCAAGAUUGGGUCCACUCAAACUGAAGUGCUCCUCCAUUCAGGGAAUAUUUUUAUGUGUUGCCAUUGAUAACCUGGAACCCAGAAAAUGUCCAAGCCAGUACACAGCAGAGUGCUUGGCUCUGACCGCUGUGCUUCACCAUCUUCCCUUUGGCUGGGUGAUCUUCAAGUAGGGGUUCAGCUUUUCAAAGCAAACACAGAUUGAAGAAUUAUUCCUUCUGACUUUUCAUCUUUGGAAGCUUCACUGAGUAAUUACCUCCUUCAAACACUAAAAUAUACUUCUGCUGUCAUUUUAAGAUAGCUUUUAAAAAUGAAGAUAGAUGAAGUGGACCUACCACCUGCACUAGGAAACACAGCCAUGAUAAUCCUUGUUCCCAUAGAUCCAUUACUGUUAAUUCCUAUUACAAUAUUGUCUGUUGAGAACUAAUAAAAUAAAUCUUCUUUUAAAUUAUUGUAAUAAUAAAAAUCUAUUUU